AUGGGCGGGAGAACCCCUCUUGUUGUCCUCACCUUUUCUCUUGCUGUUCUGACCAUUAAGUUUGGGAUUUCUCAUGGCUGCCGAGAGACGGAGAGGAAAGCCCUCAUCGACUUCAAGCGUGGACUUCAUGAUCCUUCCAAUCGUCUCUCUUCCUGGGUCGGAGAGGACUGUUGUGCGUGGGAAGGAGUUGGCUGCAGCAACAUCUCUGGUCAUGUUAUCAAGCUGGAUCUUCGAAAUAGACGACGAAUGCAUCUAUAUGAAGACUGCACUCAUCAGGAGUUGUACUACUUGUCGGAUGAUGAUCCAGGAUGCAAUUGGGCAGUGCGUGGUGACAUAACUCCAUCACUGCGUUCUCUCCAACAACUUAAUCGCCUGGACCUCAGCGGCAACUAUUUUAUGCAUAAACCUAUCCCCAAGUUCUUUGGAGCUUUCAGAAGACUAACAUAUCUUAACCUCUCAGGUGCAGGCUUCGUGGGUAGAGUACCUGACCAGCUCGGAAAUCUAUCCACUUUGCAGCACCUCGACCUUUCUUAUAACUGCUAUUGGGAUGGUGAAGGUGAUGGCUUCUUCUGCUUGUACCUUGAGAACACGAGAUGGAUCUCUAUGCUCACUUCCCUUCGGCAUCUUAACAUGACUCGUGUCCGUUUUACAAAUGCGGCCAACUGGUUCCAAGAUUUGAAUGCACUACCACAGAUACAAGAGAUUGAAUUAAGACGUUGUGAAUUAGGGACCUUUACACGUUCGCUGUCUCAUGUCAACUUCACAUCUCUCACCACUCUUGAUUUACGAGGCAAUGAUAUAAAUUCCACCAUACCAGAUUGGGUGUUCAAUAUUACUAGCCUCGAGUUCCUUUAUCUUGGUUGGAAUGACCUCUAUGGAUUCUUUCCUAAUUCUAUUGCGAAGUUGACAUCUCUCAGGGCACUCGACUUGUCUGGGAGUGUGUUCCAAGAUGGCUUCAUGCGAUUAGCUCCUAUAUCCAACCUCUGCAAGCUCCAAAUUCUCGAUCUAAGCUAUGUGCCUAUUAACGAUGUGCUUGCCAAUUUAAAAAUGGUUUUCUCUGGAUGUCUUAGGAAUAGCAUGGAGGAAUUGUACCUCGGAGGCACCCAACUGAGUGGUUUCUUUCCGAAUUGGCUAGGGAACAUCAAGAAUCUUAAAUCUCUUGAUCUUUCUUUCAACUCUAUCUAUGGAUCAGUGCCUGCAUCUAUCAGGAAUCUAUCAUUGCUGCAACAUUUAGUUUUAUAUUCCAAUGGUUUGAAGGGGACGAUUUCGGAAGGCAUCGGACAACUGAAGAGCCUUGCCUAUUUGGAUCUCUACAAUAACUCGUUGAGCUUAUCGGAGGACGACCUAGCUAAUCUAUCGAGUUUGAAAUAUUUGGACAUUUCGUACAAUUUCAUUGAAUUGAACAAAAGUAAUGAUUGGAUCCCUCCUUUUCAGCUUCAAAGCCUCUCCAUGGAUUUCUGUCAAAUAGGGCCCACGCCCCAAUUUCCAAAAUGGCUCCGAACACAAACCAUUCUUCAUCGACUACAAUUGUCAAAUGCAGACUUAUCAAGCAACAAAUUAGUAGGUGGAGUCCCUGAUUCGCUCUGUAAUUUGCAAACGCUAGAGUCGCUGCACUUGAGUCACAACAAUUUAUCCGGGCCGAUUCCUCAUUGCUUAAAGAGUUGCACAGAACUAGCUACUCUCGACUUGGGCCACAAUAACUUCAUUGGGAAUAUACCAACUUGGAUUGGAGAAAGCCUUUUGUACUUGAAGACACUUAGCUUACGCUCCAAUGCCUUCACCGGCAACAUUCCUCAAUUAUCUUCUCUACCAUAUAUUCGUAUCUUGGAUCUCUCCAACAACAAUCUUUCAGGAACAAUACCACAGAGCUUCGGGGACUUCAGUGCGUUAAAAGGUGCUCCUGCAUAUCAUUGUUGUUACUUCAACAACAAUACUCUCUCUGUGGAAUAUAUGUGGCUCUUCGUAAAAGGAAGUGAAAUCAAGUAUACCACCACCAGACAACUUUCAAUUGAUACACUUAUUGAUCUCUCCAACAAUAACUUAUCAGGAAACAUCCCUGAAGAGUUGGGGAAUUUGCAUGGAUUGCGAAGCUUAAAUCUGUCCGGAAAUUAUCUUACAGGUCAAAUACCAAGAAGCAUCGACGAAAUGAAACAACUAGAAGUUCUCGAUCUAUCAAGAAAUAAUCUUUCGGGUGUAAUUCCUUCCGGUUUGGCAUCUUUGAAUUUCUUGAACCAAUUGAAUUUAUCAUAUAACAAUCUUUCUGGAAGGAUUCCCACUGGCUAUCAGUUACAAACUUUUACUGAUCCAUCUAUUUAUGCUGGCAAUCCAAAUCUUUGUGGCCCUCCUCUCCCCAAAAAUUGUACGGUGAAUAUAACGAAGGCUGAUGAAGAAGAGCAAAAUGAUGAUUCAUUUGAGAGCAGAAUUAAAACAAUUUGGUUAUACACAAGAAUCACAUUAGGAUUUAUUAUCGGAUUUUGGGCGAUUUGUGGAAGCCUUUUGUUGUUACGGACAUGGAGGAUCGCGUACUUCCACGCCAUUGAUAAUAUAUUUGACAAGCUAUACGUGGUGAUAGUAGUGACCAUGGCAAAAUACAAAAGAAAGCUACGAUGA